AUGACUUCGGAAGGCCAUUGUGUUUUUGUGCUGGUCUACGUGGACGAUGUCUUGGUGACUGGAAGCUCGCUCGAGAUGAUUGCGCGCACCAAGAACGACCUCAAGACACGCUUCGAGAUGACGGACAGCGGCAAGUGUGCCUUUGUUCUUGGGAUCGAGUUAUUGGACGGUGAAGAUGGCAGCGUGACUAUGUGUCAGCGCCGUUAUGUCGACGAUGUCCUCAAGCGCUUUGGAAUGGAUGAGUGCGAGGCUGUAACAAGUCCGGUGGACGUCAGCUCUCGACUGGUUCCAAGAAACUCUGCAAGCAAGGUGGAUGUCCCAUUCCGUGAAGCAGUGGAACACUGGGUUGCAGUCAAGCGCAUCUUCCGCUACCUACAAGGCACCAAGAUGCAUGGAAUCUGCUACAAGCCAAGUGCGAAGAUCUACUUUCGUGGCUAUUCAGAUGCAGACUGGGCCGGUGACCUUGCUGAUCGCAAAUCGACGUCCGGCUACGUCUUCAUGCUAUUGGGUGCUCCGGUGAGUUGGGGCAGCAAGAAACAGCCAAGUGUGUCACUGUCUACAAGCGAAGCGGAGUACAUCGCGCUCAGCCUGGCGAUCCAAGAAGGCAAGUGGAUCAAUCGCUUGCUGUGCGAGAUCAUGGCGGCUGCAAACGAAGAAGGACCCGAGCUCGUCAUCCGUGAAGACAACCAGUCGUGCAUCAAGAUGACGAAGAAUCCGGUCAACCACGGCCGCGCUAAACACAUCGACAUCAAGUACCAUCACAUCCGUGAUGAAGUCAAGCGCGGCGAAGUGAAGCUUGAAUACUGCGAGACGACGUUGAUGUUGGCGGACAUCAUGACGAAGGGACUUCACGGACCGCGUCACAAGGACUUGACGGCGGCGCUUGGCAUCCGUGCGUGUUCGGAUUGA